CCUUCUUCCACCAUCCCAGAUCAAGAACCCAAUAAGAUCGACUCUUACUACGAAUCUCUGAACUUACGGAACUCCCACGUAUAUACAUACAUACAUACCCACAAGAAUCAAGAUCCAAGAAGAUUCAUCGUACAUAUACUUCCAUAUAUGGACCAGUAUUCAUCGUCUUUGGUUGAUACUUCUUUAGAUCUCACUAUCGGUAUUACUCGUAUGCGAGUUGAAGAAGAUUCCACGACAAGUGCAUUGGUGGAGGAAUUAAAAAGAGUGAAUGCUGAGAACAAGAAGCUCUCAGAGAUGCUAACUUUGAUGUGUGAAAACUACAACGUCUUAAGGAAACAGCUGAUGGAAUAUGUUAACAAGAGCGAGAGAGACCAAACCAGUCCUCCCAAGAAACGCAAAUCUCCAGCCAGAGAUGACGCAGUUAGCUCUGCGGUAAUUGGUGGAUUGUCGGAGAGUAGCUCUACGGAUCAAGAUGAUCAGUAUAUUUGUAAGAAGCAAAGAGAAGAGACCGUUGUGAAGGAGAAAGUCUCAAGGGUUUAUUACAAGACCGAAGCUUCUGACACUACCCUUGUAGUGAAAGAUGGGUAUCAAUGGAGGAAAUAUGGACAGAAAGUGACUAGAGAUAAUCCAUCUCCAAGAGCUUACUUCAAAUGUGCUUGUGCUCCAAGCUGUUCCGUCAAAAAGAAGGUUCAGAGAAGUGUGGAGGACCAGUCUGUGUUGGUAGCCACUUAUGAGGGUGAACAUAACCAUCCAAUGCCAUCGCAGAUGGAUUCAAACAGUGGCUUAAACCGUUACAUCUCUCUUGGUGGUGGUCACGCUGCAUCAGCCAAGGGAAGUAGUAGCUUAGCUAAUAAGCAUGUGACUACGGUUGAUCUGACUGAAUCCAAGAAAGUGACGAGCCCAUCGAGAAUCGAAUUUCCAGAAGUACAAAAGCUUUUGGUGGAGCAAAUGGCUUCUUCCUUGACAAAAGAUCCUAACUUCACAGCAGCAUUAGCAGCAGCUGUUACCGGGAGACUGUAUCAAACCGACAAAUAGCUUAGCUUUUCAACUUUCAACUUCUGUUAGUGUUUUUUAGAUUGAAUUUGGCAUAUCAGAGAGAGUAGACAUGUAAUCGUUUCCAUGCAAUCACCAAUAAUCAGCUUAGCAACUCCUACUA